AGUUCCGACUGUGUUGGUAUAGGCUCAUUCUGGUCGGCAUUUUCGUUUAUUGAGGACGGGCCCGGGAUUAUAAUACUCAAACUUUUUUUAUUUUAUUAAAGAAUCGUUGGCUAUUUUCUAUCUUUAUUUAUCGCCAGGCAAACCGCAUGAUGCCGCCAACCAGUCUUCACGACAACACGAAUCGCCUACCUGUGUAUUCAAUCUCGGGGAGCGGAACUUCGCCAAUUGGCGGGGCCAAGACGACAGAACCCGAGCCAAAGUCGCCAACUUUCUCGGCCUACUCCUUUGACGGACCCGUAUGUAGAAUAUGCCAUGACGUCACAGAUGUUUCAGGUAACAAGAAGCUCAUAACACCAUGCGGCUGCACCGGCUCUGCUCAGUAUAUCCACAAACAAUGUUUGCAGAAAUGGACAAGGUUAAAAGGAGCCUCCACAUGCGAGAUCUGCAACAAGUCAUACCAGAAGAAAUACGUCAAAUUCAAAAUGACAUCGUCCGAAGAGAAUACAGUAGCCUCAGCAAUUACAAUCCUUCUUCUGCUGAUAGGUGUCUUAUCCGUCGGAAUCUACCUCCUCGCCGAAUACCUAGUCAAAGUCAAACACGACCCGAAGGUCCGCGGUUCCAGUGAGAUCUGGGUUUCCAUCAGCCUCGUCAUCAUCGGGUUCCUAGGCAUGCUCGUCUUCCUACCGUGGUUUAUCUGUUUCUGCUUGAAGACGGGGAAGACGCCGAGGGCGACAGCCAACCGAAAUGGAAGAUCGACGGCGGAUACGUCACAGGAUACGUCGGUUGUGUCGUCGGUUGUCAAUUUAUCCGAGAUAGACCCGGUUGUGGACAAUGCGCAGUCGGCGUACACGUAUGAGCAACAGAACUUUGAAGCAAGCGGCUACGCUGAGGGCGCCAGCGAUACGCGCACCUCAAGUGACGACAUCAGCGGGACAGGAGCGUAUGUCAACCAAAUAGUUCAGGUGGACGGAUUAGAAGAAGAUAAUAGCGUGCAUGACAAAGGCAACGCCGCUGUCCUAUUAGUAUGAUGAUAAAAGAACAGCAUAAAAACUGAUGUUUACGUGUGACAUGUUUAUUUAUUGAGUCAGUGAAGACAUUUUGACUUGUUAGUAUAUGUUACUAUACUAGAAAAAGAAACUUAUGAGGCCUUUUUGGAUUACUCGUGAAUCAGAGACGGAAAGACACACGUUGUCCUUAAAUGAAAAGUAAGGAACGCUGACGGAAGAUGUCACCAUAUUUGAAUAGGAAAUACGCUGCCCUUGGAUGAAAAAGUAUAGAACGCUGAAGGAAGCAAUCACCAUGUAUGAAUAAUUGAAAAUGAGUGGUAAUGGCUAAUAUGGCUUGAAAGGAGAGAUCAACUAACUGCGCCCCGGCCCAAUGUUCAAUCUGGAAACUGUUUUAUCAGUCACAUCAAAGGACGUAUUGGUUUGGUCGCCAAUUCCUAGAGGGAAAUCGCUCUUAUAAAAAUUUGACGGUCAUCUUACAUUUUCGUCCCAGGGCAGUGGGUUGUUGGUACAGUUCCAACAGGACUUCUCCCGGAGACAGAGUUCUCAAGAAAAGUGUUUUCAAACUCCCGGAGCAUUCCCAUGUUCUUAAUUGCCUGAGAAGGUCCUCACACUUUGAUGUGCCCCAGAUAAAUGUCUUUAUGUGUUCGAUUUUAAUAUAAUGUGCAAUUCAUCUUGUUCUCUUGUCAUGUUGAAUUCAAACAAUGUUAACAAAUAACUUUCAUGCCUAUUUCUGCUUGUUACCAAAAGUUAUCGUUUUUUUUUAUUAUCAAUCUUUGGUGGUAAUGUUAAACUUUAAUUUUCCAUAGGCAUAUGUUUACCCUAUUAAUGGAUAUCUAGAUCCUUUCACAUUUCAUGUCAGUUUGUAUCUGUUAAUUUAUUGUUUCAAAUCAAAUGCUGCAAUGAAUGUAUCAUUUAAAUUCUAGCGAAUUUAGAAAAUGAACAAUAAAAUUGUUAUUAUUGCAGUUUGGUCUUACGUACUUCGACGCUCAUUUUGUUGCAGGAAAUACAAUAACGUAAUACACAUAAUCCUAUAGCCUGCUUUUCACGAGACAAGAAUGGUUCACUAUGAAGUGCUGACGGAUCUCUUUUUGUUUGUUCGGGAACAAAUUGGCAUUUGAAAGGUGAAUUUUUAACUAUUAAGUGUACUUUAAGUGUUUUCUGUUCUUUUCGAUUACCAAGUAAUUAGAUCAAUUAGGUUGAAAACACGGACGUUAAUUCACGAAAUGAGUAAUGCCUUCUACAUUAAUAACCCUUAUACACGAUACUCAUGUUUGACUUCUAUAAUAAACCUUGGCCUAAUGAUCCCUAAUCAGCUACUUAAGACUUACUUUUUGUACUACAGGUACGAACAAACAUUUUAUAUCUUCCUAUAUCAUUUAUUCCCUUUAGAACUAUUAUGUUUGUUUUUAUUAAUAUGUUUAAUAUUACAUGUUUUCAAAGGUAUUUAUUGUUUGCUUAUUGCAUUAUGUAUAAUUUAUUAUAAUUGUUACUGUAAAGUAAGAACUAAGAGAAGUGUUAUUUUGAAAGAGGUUGAUAUUCAACGAUUGGCGCAAUAAGCCCCCACCCCCCCCAAAAAAAAAUGGGGGGACACCAUGGCGUAUGUGGAGGAAUUUUUAAAAAGGGGGCGAGCGAGAAACAAUAAUACAAUGUUCAAGAAAUAAUAUCACAUUUCACACCUUUUCCUAUCCUGUUUUUAUUGUCCGUGUGACUUUUAGGAGGGAUGGCGACAGAACCCCGCCAAGUCCCACCCCCCGCAAUUUAUACACCGCACCGGUGUACCUCCGCCCUGUCGUCAACCCUAUGUGAACAAAAGAGAGUAUAUAUAAGCAAAGAGCAAAAUGAUGAGAAUAUCACGGAAAUUGGACGAUGACUCCCUCCCCCGAAGUUACUUCGUCUAAAGAUAGCAUUUAAUUGUUCCAUAGUAGAUUGUGUCCAAAUUAUGGAGGUAAUGAUGAUACAAAUUUCCUUUUCUCAUUUUGAAUCAUGCAAUUACAAUGUUUCCCUUUACUGCUCAGACAAAACACGAUUUUGGAUUCUGAUGGAAUUACUUAUUACUUUGACACUUUCAUAGUUUAGUAUCAAAAUUUGUUCAAAUGAAAAUUAUUGUGCAAAAACAAAUUCAUUUUUUCAAAAUCACGUCAUAUAUCUCGGUGGAGUAGCACUCUUUCGGGCGACUGCCAACUUGCCUAUUUUGGAUGUGGUUCGUGAGAAAUCAUCUACAAAAAGUAGAUAUAAUUUAUGUCUUUGUAUGUAUGAAAAUGAAGUACAAUUUAUUAAUAAAAUAACAAAUAAGAA